GCCGCGGCUCGCUCUGUCCACCCGCACGGGAUUGGGGCGCGAGGGCCAUGGGCGCGCUCCCCUGAGGCGGAGGUCACGGGCGGGAGGGGAGGAGGCCCGACCGAGGGAGCUGCGGAGGCCGCGGGCCGGUGACUGGGCGCGAGGCCGGCGGCGCCGGCCCCACCAUCGCCGCCGCCACCACCACCACCACCACCAUGUCGCGCUCCGUGCUGCAGCCUAGUCAGCAGAAGCUGGCGGAGAAGCUCACCAUCCUCAACGACCGGGGCGUCGGCAUGCUCACCCGCCUCUACAACAUCAAGAAGGCUUGUGGAGACCCCAAGGCAAAACCAUCCUACCUUAUUGACAAAAACCUGGAAUCUGCUGUGAAAUUCAUAGUCAGAAAAUUCCCUGCUGUAGAAACUCGCAACAACAAUCAACAGCUUGCACAACUGCAGAAAGAAAAAUCAGAGAUUCUGAAAAAUCUGGCAUUAUAUUACUUCACAUUUGUAGAUGUUAUGGAAUUUAAGGACCAUGUUUGUGAAUUGCUGAAUACUAUUGAUGUUUGCCAAGUCUUCUUUGACAUUACUGUAAAUUUUGAUUUAACAAAGAACUACUUAGAUUUGAUCAUAACAUAUACAACACUAAUGAUACUGCUGUCUCGAAUUGAAGAAAGGAAGGCAAUCAUUGGAUUAUACAACUAUGCUCAUGAGAUGACCCAUGGGGCAAGUGACCGAGAAUACCCACGCCUUGGUCAGAUGAUUGUGGAUUAUGAAAACCCUUUAAAGAAAAUGAUGGAAGAAUUUGUGCCUCAUAGCAAGUCUCUUUCAGAUGCACUAAUUUCUCUUCAGAUGGUGUAUCCUCGAAGGAACCUUUCAGCUGACCAGUGGAGAAAUGCCCAGUUGCUGAGUCUCAUCAGUGCCCCCAGCACAAUGCUUAAUCCCGCACAGUCUGACACUAUGCCUUGUGAAUAUCUCUCUUUGGAUGCCAUGGAAAAAUGGAUUAUCUUUGGCUUUAUUUUGUGCCAUGGGAUCCUCAAUACUGAUGCAACUGCCCUGAACCUUUGGAAGCUAGCUCUUCAAAGUAGCUCUUGCCUCUCUCUCUUUCGGGACGAAGUUUUCCACAUUCAUAAAGCUGCAGAAGACUUAUUUGUAAACAUUCGAGGCUAUAAUAAGCGUAUUAAUGACAUAAGAGAAUGCAAAGAGGCAGCUGUGUCACAUGCUGGUUCAAUGCACAGAGAAAGACGCAAGUUUUUAAGGUCUGCACUGAAAGAAUUGGCUACUGUCCUCUCUGAUCAGCCUGGCUUGCUAGGUCCUAAGGCACUUUUUGUUUUUAUGGCAUUAUCCUUUGCCCGUGAUGAAAUUAUCUGGCUACUUCGUCAUGCAGAUAACAUGCCAAAGAAGAGUGCAGAUGACUUUAUAGAUAAGCACAUUGCUGAAUUAAUAUUUUAUAUGGAAGAGCUUAGAGCACAUGUAAGGAAAUACGGACCUGUAAUGCAGAGAUAUUAUGUGCAGUACCUUUCUGGCUUUGAUGCUGUUGUCCUCAAUGAGCUUGUGCAGAAUCUUUCUGUUUGCCCUGAAGAUGAAUCAAUCAUCAUGUCCUCUUUUGUUAACACUAUGACUUCUCUAAGUGUAAAACAAGUUGAAGAUGGGGAAGUAUUUGACUUCAGAGGAAUGAGAUUAGAUUGGUUUCGAUUACAGGCAUAUACGAGUGUCUCUAAGGCUUCACUUAGCCUUUCAGAUCACAGAGAACUUGGAAAGAUGAUGAAUACAAUAAUUUUUCACACAAAAAUGGUAGAUUCCUUGGUGGAAAUGUUGGUGGAAACAUCAGAUCUCUCCAUAUUUUGUUUUUAUAGUCGUGCUUUUGAGAAGAUGUUUCAACAGUGUUUGGAGUUACCCUCUCAAUCAAGAUACUCAAUUGCAUUUCCAUUACUUUGCACUCAUUUUAUGAGUUGCACACAUGAACUGUGUCCAGAAGAGAGACAUCAUAUUGGAGAUCGCAGUCUUUCCUUAUGUAAUAUGUUCCUUGAUGAAAUGGCCAAACAAGCUCGAAAUCUCAUCACUGAUAUUUGCACAGAACAGUGUACUCUUAGUGACCAGUUGUUGCCCAAGCAUUGUGCCAAAACCAUCAGUCAAGCAGUGAAUAAGAAGUCAAAAAAACAGACUGGUAAGAAAGGGGAACCUGAAAGGGAAAAACCAGGAGUUGAAAGCAUGAGGAAAAACAGGCUGGUCGUGACCAACCUUGAUAAGUUGCACACUGCACUUUCCGAGUUGUGUUUCUCUAUAAAUUAUGUACCAAACAUGGUGGUUUGGGAACAUACCUUUACCCCACGAGAAUAUUUGACUUCUCAUCUGGAAAUCCGCUUUACUAAGUCAAUUGUUGGAAUGACUAUGUAUAAUCAAGCCACACAGGAAAUUGCAAAACCAUCAGAGCUUCUAACAAGUGUAAGAGCAUACAUGACUGUACUCCAGUCAAUAGAAAACUAUGUGCAAAUUGAUAUUACAAGAGUAUUUAAUAAUGUUCUUCUUCAACAAACACAACAUUUAGACAGUCAUGGAGAACCAACCAUUACGAGUCUGUACACAAAUUGGUAUUUGGAAACUUUGUUAAGACAAGUCAGCAAUGGUCAUAUAGCUUAUUUCCCUGCAAUGAAAGCUUUUGUGAACUUACCUACGGAAAAUGAAUUAACAUUUAAUGCAGAGGAAUAUUCUGACAUAUCAGAAAUGAGGUCAUUAUCAGAGCUGCUUGGCCCAUAUGGUAUGAAGUUCCUAAGUGAAAGCCUUAUGUGGCAUAUUUCAUCACAAGUUGCUGAACUUAAGAAACUUGUGGUGGAGAAUGUUGAUGUGCUAACACAAAUGCGGACCAGCUUUGACAAACCCGACCAGAUGGCUGCCCUCUUUAAAAGAUUAUCAUCUGUUGACAGUGUCUUGAAGAGGAUGACAAUAAUUGGUGUGAUUUUAUCCUUCCGAUCAUUGGCACAGGAAGCACUCAGAGAUGUCUUGUCCUACCACAUUCCUUUUCUUGUCAGUUCAAUUGAAGAUUUCAAGGACCACAUUCCAAGGGAAACUGAUAUGAAGGUUGCAAUGAAUGUGUAUGAAUUAUCAUCAGCUGCUGGAUUACCUUGUGAGAUUGAUCCUGCCUUGGUGGUAGCUCUUUCCUCACAAAAAUCAGAAAACAUAAGUCCAGAAGAAGAAUAUAAAAUUGCCUGCCUCCUAAUGGUGUUUGUGGCCGUUUCUUUGCCCACACUGGCCAGUAACGUGAUGUCUCAGUAUAGCCCUGCUAUAGAAGGGCACUGCAACAACAUACAUUGCUUGGCCAAAGCCAUCAACCAGAUCGCUGCAGCUUUGUUUACAAUUCACAAAGGAAGCAUUGAAGAUCGGCUUAAAGAAUUUUUGGCGCUUGCAUCUUCCAGUCUACUGAAAAUUGGCCAGGAGACAGAUAAAACAACUACACGAAAUAGAGAAUCUGUUUAUUUACUGCUAGAUAUGAUUGUGCAGGAAUCCCCAUUCCUGACAAUGGAUCUUUUGGAAUCUUGUUUUCCUUAUGUCUUGCUGAGAAAUGCAUACCACGCUGUCUACAAGCAAAGUGUUACAUCCUCUGCAUAAAAUACCUACUUAUUGAAGACAAGCACGCAUUUUUGUUGCCUCUGUUUUACCUGUAAACUGUGGAACUGUUUGACCUUAAGACCUGAAAAACAGUUUUGUGGAUUAUAAAUUUCUUUCAUAUGGUUGUAUUUUCUGAUCAUCAGUUUCUUAAUACAGUUGUACUUCAGUAUACUUGGUUGAUUUA